ACAAGAUUCAUGACGUGUCGCCCGUCACAGCUGUUGCGAAAAAGCCGCCGGUGAGAAAGAUAAACAAGCACUCGCACGCCCGUAGCAGCUGUUUGCUGCAAAGUAAUUUUCCAUCGGUUGAGUUUACACACAAGUAAAAAUAAUGUCACAAAUAGCAUUCCUAGCCUUGCUCUGUCUUCUGUCCGGUGUAAGGGCUGCAUCUUUGGAGACGGUCACCGACGACGACCUUUUGAAUCUUAUCAAAACAGAAAAAUAUGUUGUCGCUCUAUUUACUAAAAAAGACUGUGAAAUAUGUGAUGAUGUGGAGAAUCAAUUGUUGCACAUUAGGGAAGAUUUGGUUGAUUCUUUAUCAGCAUGGGUAGUUAAAGUUGUCAAUAGUCAAAUGCUCCGACUUUACAGUACAGGCAUAGAACCUGCAAUUGUUUACUUUAGGCAAGGAAUACCUUUGUUAUACGAUGGUAAAAUUGAAGAGGAAGAGAUAUUGAUGACAUUUAUGGAAAAUAAGGAACCAAUAGUUAAAGAACUCACAGAUGAUAGUUUUGAACAUUUAACACAAGCAAGUACCGGGGCUACUACUGGAGAUUGGUUUGUUAUGUUCUACAGUCCAGAUUGUGUUGACUGUCAAAGAAUGGGAGCUAGAUGGGAAGCUGUGGGGGCAAGGUUAAAGCAAAGAAUCAAUGUUGCUCGUGUCAAUAAAUACUCAACUGGAGCUUCAACUGCCAGAAGAUUUGGUGUUUAUGAAGUUCCUCAAUUUAUACUAUUUAGACAUGGUAAGAUGUAUCGUUAUCUCAUUCCAAAGCAUGACACUAAGUCAUUUAUAUCAUUUGCACAAGAUUGGUACAAAAAUGCCCAUGGAGAAAAGGUUCCAGUUCCUCAAAGUCCCUUUGAUGAUCUGGUUCAAAUGACAGUCAAUUUCUUGAAAGAUAAUCCUUGGGUAAUGAAACUUGGUAGUAUCACCAUUGGUGUUUUGGUUAUUGUAACAGUAGCUAGUAAACUUAGGAAAAAGACUGAAGUUUCACACAAGAAAGACAAAUAAAUUGGCGAAAAGCGUGAAUGGAAAAUUGUAAAUAUGUGUAAACAAACGUGAUGUGACUUUCACAAACAUUUUUUUAACAAUCCUUUCAGUUUUUAUAUUUUAUACAAUAAAAUAGAGAUUCGUAAAGGAGUUAUUGCUAUUCUAGGCCAACAAUAAAUAUGUUUAGCACUUCUACAUCUGUUGCAAGAAAUUUUUUAAAGCUUUGCAUCUAUGCACAUGUGACCAUAUUAUGGGUCUGAGAAUAACAUGACUUACAGUAAGACUAAGGCAAAAAAACAUGCUAUAUAAUAAAGGACAUUCCAAACUUAAAAAUAUAUAUGGAAUGCUGUCAGAGGUAUUCAACAAAUCUUUGAACUUUCAAAUAAAACUGAGAGUUCAUAGCAAUGGCAAAAUUAUAUCACAAGACAAGACACACUGUGUGUUUGUGUAUUAAAAUAGAGCACCAUGUACAAUAAAUACCUUGUCCCUUGCACUAUAAUAUUUACAAAAAAAGUUACUAAAAAAAUAAUCUAUUCAUUGCACAUAAUGCCAAUCAAUAUUCAAGAAAUUUAGACACAAUUCAGUUUCAAAAUAAGAAUUCAAACAUAUCAGUUGCUUUAGAAAAACUUUAGAACUUCAAAUGUGAUAAAUA